AUGGGCCAAACUUGAACAACUUUUUGUGGAAAUUGCACAAAUGAGGUAAAAACCAUUGAUGAAGACCCUCUUGGGCACGAAACGCCUAAGAAUAAUGCUCUUCCUAGUAUCCAGAAGUUGCCAGAGACAAGUGCUGACUAUAGGGAAGAGAUCCAUACUAAGAAAAGAAAUAAUUUGAAGGGUCAAGCUUCUAGAGCAGAACCACCUCCAACUACAUACUCAGGAGAUACGUUAGAAAAGAGAGGAGAAGUUGAGCUCGCCAAUGGAGCUCGCUACACUGGUGAAUGGCUCGGCCAAGAAAGACAUGGUUAUGGUAUCCAAAUGUGGAAGGAUGGCUCUCAGUAUAAAGGCCAGUGGGCUAAUGAUAAAGCAAACGGCCAUGGAACUCUUCAUCAUGCAGAUGGUGAUGUGUAUGAAGGUGAAUGGAAAAACGACAAAGCUCAUGGCCAAGGUACCUAUAAACAUGCCAACGGAGCUAAGUACGAUGGUGAAUGGGUCAAUGAUAAACAGCACGGCCAUGGAAUAGAGACCUGGCCUGAUAGAGCCAAGUACGAAGGUGAGUAUAAGAACGGCAAGAAAGAUGGCAAAGGCAAGCUCAUCUUUGCAGACCAAUCUCAGUACGAUGGCGAAUUUAGAGACAAUGAGAUCAAUGGAUUUGGUAUCUACCAGUGGACUGACGGUAAAAGGUACGAAGGAUACUGGGAAAGUAAUAAAAUGAUGGGCGAAGGAGAACUAACUUGGAAAGAUAAGAAAUCGUAUAAUGGCCAAUUUGUUAAUGAUAAACGAAACGGAUUUGGUGUCUUCAAGUGGGGCGACGGCAGAGAGUAUAGAGGCCAAUGGAAAGAUGGAAAGCAACAUGGCCCAGGAGAGUUUAGAGAUAGGAAAGGAGAGACUAAAAAGGGUACCUGGGUAAACGGCAAGAGAGAGAGCUGGGAGAAUGAGAAGUAG